CGGGGGGGGGGGAGGUCGGGCUCUGCCCACUCCGGGGGCUGCCGAAAGCUCACUGGGAGCCAGUGGGGGCAGAGGGGCUGUGGUGGGUGCUCCCCAUGCCGGGGCUGCAGCCCGCAGCCCUGCCCGUGGCCAGGGCUCUGCUGGAAGGUGCCGGGCAUUGGGGUGCCCCCAGCAGCGGUGCUGGCAGCCCCUCGGCUCCCGGGCGUGUUAUCAGCUCCAGGCACGGCCCCUAUCGAUGAGAGGCCACUGCUUGCUUUCCCCGGCACUGCACUCUCACGGGGCCACCAGCUGUCUGCUCCUCCGUCACCCGUUCCCCGGCCAGGGGCACAGCGCAGGAUGUCCCCCCGGAAGGCCACCCUCAUCCACACCAAGGCGGUGACGGGCAGCUCGUGCUGCGCCCUGCCCUGCAGCGAGGACGUGUCGGAGGAGCUGAGCGAGGAGGAGAGCGGGAUCGCCCGGCGAGCCCAGCGCGCGGCGCUGGAGGUGCUGGAGGACGCGCUGAGGAAGGACCGGGUGCUGAUGAAGAACCUGAAGGACGUGGUGGUGCUGGCCGGGGAGGGCCAGGGGGGCGAGGGCUGGGUGGAGCGCUACGCCAUGCUCACCAAGAAGCUGCUGCGCAGCCUCGUCUCGCAGCUCCAGCAGGCGGCUUUCCGCAAAAACCCCCGCAGGGCCAGGUCCUACGCCUACGUCAAGAAGAACGCCCGGGACCGCACCAUCUACCUGUGCCCCCUCUUCUGGCAGGCCCCCGGCGAGCUGGAGAAGGACUCGCAGCCCGGGACGCUCAUCCACGAGGCAUCGCACUUCCUGGGCUUGCACGACAUCACCUACGCCACGGCCAGCUUUCGGGCCGGAGGCGGCGGCGCGGCGAUAUGGACCGACCGCCGCGUGCCCCUCUUCGAGUCCCUGCGGAAGGCGCUGCUCAACGCCAACAGCAUCGAGUACGAGUUCGAGAUCGUGCUGAGGCACCGGCAGCCCUACCGGGGCGGACGCUACGCCUGCUGCGGGGAGACGGCCAGGAACUCCGUCUGCGAGAACGCCCUGCCCCACGGGGGGCUCUCCUGCGGGACCCCCGAGAGCCCAGCACCCAGCCGGAGCACCAUCGGGGACACGGUGCGGCUGUCCCUGCUGCCCGCCCGGGACGCCAUGCGGAGCUGCCUGCGGGACAUGCGGCGAGCGGCGGAGGCCACGGAGCGGUGCCACCGGGCGGCGGCGGUGGCCAACGUCACCGGCGGGGCGCUGGGGGCGGCGGGGGGGGCCACGGCCAUGGCGGGGCUGCUGCUGGCCCCCACGGCGCUGGGCACCGCGCUGCUGCUGUCGGCCGUGGGCUUCGGCGUCUCGCUGGUCGGGAGCCUCGUCGGUGCCACCGCCACCGUCAGCGACAGCCUCGGGUGCCUGGCGAGGAAGGACGGGGUGGAGGCGCUGCUGGAGGAGUUCGGGGCGCAGGCGGAGGUGUUCACGGGCAGCCGGGAGCACGUGGAGAGGACGCGGAGGCUGCUGGAGGUGCUGGGGAAGGACGAGAGCCUGGACGUCAUCCUGGGGGUGUUCAGGGUGGUGACAGGGCUGGGGCGCAGCGUCCUCAACGGCAGCAGCGUGGCCAAGGCCAGCGCGGCGCUGGCUGGGGCCAGCCGUGCCGUGAGCCUCGCCGGGACGGCCACGCAGCUCCUCCUCGGCCUCUCCUUGGCCCUGGACAUCUUUUUUGUCACCAAGGACUCGGCUCACCUGUCCCGCGGCGCGCGGGCAGAGCUGGCGGGGAGCAUCCGCGCGGCGGCAGGCGUGCUGGAGAGGGAGUUCGGCGUCAUCGACGAGUUCUGCCAGAAAAUAAACCUCUUCUUGGAGGAGCAGGAGUGAGGCCGGGCGGAAGGAAAGGCCGAGCCUCACGCGUGGCCGCCCCUGGACGGCUGCCAGCGAGGCGAUGGGAUGCGCCCCGGGAGCCCUCUGACGGCUUCGUGUGUGACCCAGCACGGAGCCCAGGGCGAGCUGCUUUCACCUGCCCCUAUCCUGCUCCCAGGGCCGGCCCCAAACCCGGUGCCGUGGCCCCAGGGGCCCCACCCACGGGCCAGGCUGCCAAUAAACUCUUCC